AUGUCUCGGAUACAGAUCCCGGUCGAGCUGUUGACAUCUCGCUUCAAUCUCGGGGACCGCUUCGCCAGCAUGCGCUCCGGAUCGCUGGCUAGCCGCUUCUCGAAUAUGCGGCCGCUCUCCGAGUUCUUUGACGUGAAGCGCAUCAACAAGCCGGCCAACUUCCCCGAAAUGCAGUCGCGCAUUAACUACAACCUCGGCUACUAUUCAAGCAACUAUGCCGUCGUCUUUUCCAUGCUCUGCAUCUACAGCCUGCUCACGAAUUUCUGGCUGCUUUUCGACAUCGUCUUCGUCUCCGUCGGCAUGUUCAUCAUUGGCAAGCUCGAGGGUCGCGACCUCGAAUUUGGUGAGCAGCGCUUCUCGACAGUGCAACUAUACACGGGUCUCUACGUCAUCGCCAUUCCGAUCGCCCUCAUCUCGGGCGUCUUUGGCAUGAUGAUGUGGCUGAUCGGCGGUCUAGGUGGUCGGCCGCGAGCUCCCAAACCUGCGCCCCAAUGGGGAAGACCAUCAAGGCGCGAGCGGAGGAAUGAGGCGCGCAACGGGGAAGAGGAGAGGUGGUGGGAUUUUGGCCAGCGAGUCGAGGAGCUGGAUAGUGAGGGUGAUUUUGAUACACAGGGAGUUGGGUCGACCUCGACGGCAUUGACCCGUCGGGUCACCAGUGAUUCGCUUCGAUUCACGGGGAUGGAUAUGGGCGACGGGGUUGGUAAUACUCGGUCACGGAAGGCGUAUGCAUAUCAGAACGGGGAGGAUGAUGACACGACAGAUAACUCAGAAGAAGGCUCGGACGGCGAGGACGGCGUCCGAAUGGCCUUGGUAGAUCCGGAGGAGGAAGCACUGGCCGAUGCUGCGAUGGCCCGUAUACGAAAGGCCCACGCCAAGGGCAGGCAAGACGUCAAGUUGAGCAAGGAAGAAUUGGCCGCGUACCAGCGGCGACUGCAGCGCAUGGAGGACGAGGGGCGCAGACAACGGCGCGAUCAACGGGUUGCUAUCCCCAUCUCGCAACUGGGGCCCGGUCCACAAAGACAAUCGGUGGAAGACGACAGCCCUCCGCCCUCACAGCAACUCUCGCCGGAACCGGGGGCAGAGCGACAGGAGCCCUCUCCUGCCAAUGGGGUAUUUCUCGCUCCUUUCCUCGCGCAGCCACACUCGCCCAGGGCGCACCUCAUCUCGACUCGCCGAGCCGGAGUGCCGCUGACAGAGACCCGAGCUCAUCGCCAUUCACAUAUACCUAUGUGCGCGGCGAUCAGCCGUCCAAUUCUCGCCAGCCUUCCGAUUCGGCAAGUAGUAGGCCGCUUUCCACUGCCGAGCCGGCCCGGGGCGCGCCUGUGCGAGAACCAGCAUCGCCGACGUGGACGGACAUUUACGCCCAGCUACGGUUCCGGCCCGGCUGGCGGCCCGAGUCGCAGGCACAGCGGCGGACCCAGGGAAGCCCGAAUUGUCCGACGAGGACGGUGA